ACAAAAAAGUUUAUCUAUAUUAUAUUGCGUGAGGAUUAUAACCUUAACAGAUUGCACUGUCAGUCGGUUUCUCUCCUUCAUCCACUGAGCAUUGAUGAGUUAAAAAAACGGUUUCUAUGUUUAUGUUGUGUCCUGGAAUGCUGAAGAAAAAUUCACAGAUUUUUAGCAACUCUGAAAAGCAGUCUGCAUUUGUGCAUUUUGAAUGAAGGAACACCACUGUUGGUGCAGCAUGAGAUCUUCAGAGAAGUCUCUUUUUCUUACUUUUUUUUUUUUUUUUUUCAUAAAGGUCUUAAGAUUGUAAAACUGGUCAAAUAACUUGACAUGAUCAAUACCUACUUCUCCAAGUAACUAAUGCAUUUUUGGUAUACCAACUGAGUCUCUUUAUAAAAACUAUGACACACUUUUUCCAUAGUAUUUCCUUGAUGUAGAUUUUUCAUGAGUUCUCUGACUUUCAUUGGAACAAAAUUUUAACUUAAUUGAGCUUUCAAAGAUGUCAGUGUUGAUUGGAAUGCUGCGGCUUUUUCCUCGAGAAUCGGCUGAGUUUAUUACCAAAAAUGCACAAGAUGUUAAAGUAUCAACAGUCGGAGUCAAAAAAUUGGCAGAUAAGAUUCAAGAAGUCUUCAGUAAACAGGAAUACACCAUCAAAAGUUGGAAGGAACAUGAACUCAAUCCAAAAACAAUGGAUAAUAAAGCUAUUGACUGGAUCUUUUUCACUGAUUCUUUGAACUUUUCAUUUUGGGGAGACGAUGAAAAUAAAAAAUGUGAAAUAUCCUUUAACAACAAGUCAUAUUUUGGUUGGUGGGCAUUUUGUGCUGCUGUAAACAGAGCACUGAAGGAAGGUAUACCACUGUGUGAUCCCAAGUAUUACAGUAUUAUGACAGAGGAACAGUUAAAAUAUAUUUUCCGAUCAGAUACAGAGAUUGAAAUGCCUUUGCUUGAAAAAAGACUUCAAGUAGCACAUGAAGUUGGCAAAGUAUUGAUUAAGAGGUUUGGAGGCUCUUUUGUUAAUUGUAUUAAUCAGUGUGAGGAAAGUGCUCAGAAACUUUUGAAACUGAUAAUUGAAAACUUUCCUUCAUUUCGAGAUGAAGCAGAUUUUAUGGGAACUAGAGGGGUGAUCCAA